AUGGACCAGACGGGGUCGGGGCUGCACAAGCGGAUGGAGGCGCUGUCGCUGCAGGCGAGCGCUCUGCGGGAGGCCUUGCAGCGGAGCGAGGAGAACACGGACAGCGCGGUCGCCGCCCUCGACUCGUUCGACCGCCACGUCUCCGCGAUCGAGGCCUCCAUCCGCCCCGCCCAGGUGAGGGCGCAGGCCAGCACGAUGGCGAACGAGAACAUCGACAGGACCAUCGAGACCGCCGAGGCCAUCCUCGCGCAGUUCGAGAUCGUCCGCCGGGCUGAAGCUGUGAUAUUUAGGGGUCCACAUGAGGACUUACAGCUGCCAUUGACAUCAGAAGGGAACUCUGAAUCAGUUGGAGAGCAACUAUCCAAAAGCUUUGAAAGUGCUACAUACAGGACUCCAAUACUAAUUCCCCCAAGAAUAUUACCACUUCUGCAUGAUAUAGCUCAUCAGUUGGUUCAGUAUGGAAAUCAACAGUCGUGCUAUAGAAUUUACAGAAUCAUGCUUGGAUUUGUUUCUUUUAUCAGAGAUGCUCGCAGCUCAGCGUUAGAAUUGAGUCUUCAAAAACUGGGCAUAGAAAAGCUAACUGAAGAUAAGAUGCAGCACUGGGUGUCCUCAAAUGUUGGAACCUGGACUCAUAUUAUGCAUAUUACAGAUCAAUGUUUUGCUGAAGUGGCAGGAAGCAGUGUUAUGACUCUUCUCGGCUUUGGUGAUGUUGUUGCUAAAAGUAAAAGAUCUCAUGAAAAUUUGUUUCUACUGCUGGAGAUGUAUGGAUUAAUGCACAGACUUCAGUCAGGGGUUGAAGUGACUUUUCAAGGAAAUUUUUGCUCUGGGAUGCGGGAGGCUGCAUUAAACCUGACUAAGAGCUUGGCGCAGUCUGCCCAAGAAACUCUGCUUGAUUUGGAGGUGGCAGUUGAAAAGGAAAAUUCGAAGACUAUCGUACAGAAUGGAAAUCUCCAUCCUUUUACAAUCGAAGUGAUGAAUUAUGUGAAAGGCCUAUUUGAUUACCAAUCAACACUGAAAAUACUAUUUCAGCAACCUCAAAGUGGUAGUGAGACUGAAUCUCAACUUGCGAUUAUAACCAUGAUGAUUAUGCAGGCUUUUCAGAAUAACUUGAAUGGGAAAUCUAAGCAGUACAAGGAUCCUGGAUUGUCUCACAUAUUUCUUAUGAACAACCUUCACUAUAUGGUUAUGUUUGUUCGCAGAUCAGAAUCCAAUGAUAUACUUGGUGGUGACUGGAUUCAGAGGCACCGUAAGAUUGUGCAGCAAAACGCUAAUCAGUACAAGAGGGUAGCAUGGGCAAAGAUUUUCCAGACACUCUCCGUCCAAGUCACAGGUGGCAAUAGUUCGUCAUCACCAUCUGAUGUUAGCAGCACUGGAGUUUCAAGGACUAUGAUCAAAGAACAGUUCAAGUCCUUCAAUAUGCAAUUUGAAGAUCUUCAUGCAAAGCAGUCUCAAUGGACUAUUCCUGAUCAGGAAUUGCGAGAUGAACUGAGGCUUGCUGUGGCUGUAGUUCUCUUGCCAGCAUAUAGGUCUUUCAUUAGCCGUUUUGGGAAUCUUAUUCAACGUGGGAGGAACCCUCAUAAGUACAUCAAAUACUCACCAGAAGAAUUGGAUCAAAUGUUGGGUCAGUUCUUCCUAGGACAGUAG